UGUCAAAAGUCAAGUUGAAAGUUUACAUGGCAUCGUUUUUUUGUUUAACGAAUUUAAUCGUCAUAAAAUAAAGAAAUUUGCGUUUUAAAUGUCACCACAAUAAUUCCAUUUAGGAGUCAUAUAAGGUUGCUAAAAUGUCUUCGAUACCAUCUACAGCAAAGGCCGAAUCGUUUGACGAUUUCUACACGGAGGUUAAAGAAAUAGAGAAGAGAGAUUCUGUUUUAACACCAAAGCAACAAAUUGAAAGACUACUGCGUCCUGGUUCUACUUACUUCAAUCUUAACCCAUUCGAAGUUCUCCAAGUUGAAUGUGAGGCUACAAUCGAGGAAAUCAAAAAGAAGUAUAGACGUCUCUCCAUUCUUGUUCAUCCCGACAAGAAUAUUGAUGAUUCGGAAAGGGCCCAACAAGCUUUUGAAAUUGUUAACAGAUCCUGGAAGAUAUUGGAAAAUGAAGAUACAAGGAAGAAAUGCUUAGAUGUAUAUCAGGAGGCUAAAGAAAGAACUGAUCAUAUGAUUGAACAAAAGCGGAAGAAAUUCAAAAAGGAUGGCAGAUUAGCUGAAGGUAUUCCCGAAGAUGAUCCAUUGAAAUACAAACAUGCAGUUUAUGUGAUGACAAUGAAGUUGUUUGCGGACAUGGAGCGCAAGCGGCAGCACUUGGAGACAAGGGACAUGGAGGAGAGGAAACGCAAGCGGGAAGCUGAGAUAGAACAAGAGGAACAGAUGUCAUUUGAAAAGGAAUGGGCCAAGAAUUUUGAGGAAUCUCGACAAAAUCGUGUGGACAGUUGGAAGACUUUCCAAUCAGGUGGCAAGGAGAAGAAGAAAAAGAAGAUUCAAGGCUUCAAGCCUCCGAAACCAAAGCCGGAGAGCAGAUAACUUACAAAUAUACUAGCUUAAGGUUGAUUGAACACCAGUUAAGUAUGUUAAAACUUCAUAAAGUCUAAUUUGUCAAAUCUAUAACCAAAUACAUCUAUAUAAAGUAUAGACGAGGCAUGGUAAACAAUUUUUUUUCACCGGUACUUUCUCUGAUAGGUACUAUAUCAGUUAUCAAGAUUACUGCCAUCUUGUGUCUGUAUUACAAAAUAAACAGAGUUACGAAAAUUACACCAAUUGGCAAUUAAUUUAAAUACAAUGGAGAAUGUGCAUGUGCCUUUUUUUUCGUUUUUCAAACGAUUCUACUUGUUAUAAAAUAACCAAAAAAAAGACUCGAAAAUAUUCUAAGCGUUACGUUUUAGAACUUACGAGGGAAUUAAAAAAACAUACUUUUUAAUCAUUAAAUUUCGCCACUAAUUCGCAUAUUAAAAAAAAAUCUUUACAAGUGUUUUAUAGUAAUAAAGAAUACUUAAAAAAAGUUUGGUCCAAUUUGGCGUCAUAUGCAUAUUGUCUAUUAGUAUAUUAACAUGUGGGAAUAACAAUGUUUUAAGUAUAAACUAUGCCUACUCUAUAUAUCUGAAUCUCUUUGUCUAUAACACAUCUAAACAGAACUUUGUUAAUUGAAAAGGUUAAAUAGUUAAACAUCUUUGUUUCUAAUGUAACUAAUUAAAAAUAUAUACCUCGCUCUUUUACAUUAAUGUUUCUAAAAAAAUUACUUUUUUAGUCAUAAACUAACAAAAUCUAUACGUCAAAAUAUUGCUAUUUGAAGUUUAAGAGUGGCCUUGUCAUUUAGAUGUAAAAACAUUUACAAAGUAUAGACGGCAGUGAACAAAAUUUUUUCAUCUGUACUUUCACUGAAUGGUACUAUGUCAGUUGUCAAAUUUAGUGUCACCUCGUGUUCUUGUUUUGACAUGUAAUACGACAUAUUACAAUAUCUAUAAGCUACAUCUUUAUACUAAACAACAGAUUAAAAUGUGUACAUUUAAAUCUUACAAGUAUUAUAAAUGUAAAAGUUUAGAUGGAUGUUUGUUAGAGCUUGUAAUCUAACCGUCUGACGGAUUUCAAUGAA